GCUAUCUUCAUCUUGCCCUCUGACCUGCUCCUUUAGACGUCGUUCUUUUCUUUUCAAAUCUUCUGGUUAUUUCGGUUUAACGUGAUCUCAGUAUGUCUGCUCGAUUUGCAGAACUAAUGGCGAUGAGUGCGGCGCAGACGCGUGACUCAGCAGCCGCCACGCAACAGAUUCUCGAGGAGAAGAAACGGAGAGAAGAGCAGAGGAGAAAGGAUCAACUGGAGCAGGAGAAACGGGAUCGUGAAUUACGGGCAAUGCUUGUCAAGAAGAGGCUUGAAGAGGAGCAACGAGCGGAGGAGAGGAAACGGAAAGCAGAGGAGGACCGCCAGAGAAAGGAGCAAGUGAUCCGACGACGAGAAGAUGAGCAGCGGAGAAAUCUGAUUUACGGAAAGGAGCGCAAGUCAGGCUGGGGUUCCUCAGCAGGAGGAGGCGGACGUGGGCGCAAGUCGCGGAACGGUUCCGAUGAUGACGGGGAUGCCGCAACAGCGGAUGCGGGAUCAAUGCUGACAAGAGAGGAGAAACGACAACGAAGGAUCAAUGCAGAUUUCAGCAAAAACUUUGCAUCACUACGAAAGGCCCAACCCGGUUCCGCUUUACAAGGCUUCAAGAAGUCAAGUAAAAUAACCAAUGCCUUUGAUUACUCGGAAUCCUUGUCUACUCGACCGUCGGAGGCACGUAACAUGUCGCAGGCAGGUAGCAGCACCUCGGAUGGUGUAACCUCGUUGCGAAAGCAACUCGCUGCUAUGCCCCCUACCUUCACAAAGGUGGGUACAACAAAGCGCGAUACGCGAACGAUCGAUGAGAUUGUUACCGACGCGCGCAAGAAGAAAGCAGCCAAGGUACUCGAAGGUGAAGAGGCACGCCAAAUGGGGGACUGGUUCGGAGAAAACAAGAAGAAAAAGUCGACUUCGGUCCAUUCUUUGUCACCAGCUCCAGAUGCAAGGGCUUCGGAGUCACCCCGUUCUCGUUCAAAGGAUCGUGGAUUGGGAUCGAAACCCUCAGCAUCUGCGGCACCUCAAGCUAACGGAAGUAGUCUGCAAAAAGAGCCUCGUACUAAGGUUACACUCAUCAAGCCCGACGCGAACGGCUCGCUAUCGUUCUCAAAGACAGCCAAAACUAGCGACUCAAUGCCUGCUAAAUCUACAACGGCUCCAAAGUUUAACGGAGCACAGUCAUCCAAACAAGCCAUCGUUGGAAAGUCUAAUUCUCUUGCAAACAAGAAACGUGCUCGUUCGUAUUCUCUAUCUGACGACGACUCUUAUGAUUCUCUGGACGAUUCCCCUCCGCCGACGAAGCGCCGUCCUGCUGGAUCUUCUGGCCGAAACGACUUAAGCUCAGAAAUCUGGAAGCUGUUCGGCAAGGAUAGGAACCAGUACAUGCAGAAUGACGUUUACAGUGAUGAAGACGAUGACAUGGAGGCGGAUGCGGAUGCACUGAGAAGGGAGGAGAUGAGAAGCGCGAGGCUUGCGAAGAGGGAGGAUGAGCUAGCCGCCGAAGAAGAGAAACGUCAUGAAGAGGAAAAGCGCAGGAGGAAGAAAGAGAAGGAGAGGAGGGGCUAUUGAUCCUUCAAAACACUCGAUAAUAGAUCCUUGAACGGAGACACAAAAGACAGACAGAGCAUCGAAAUGGAACAGUCUCAUCCAAUGAUUCACGAAGCUAUCACAAACAAACAUCUUUAGCACUUUAGAUAUAUUUCUCAGACAUUUACUCAGCAUCUUGGUAUACCACAAGCUCUUGCACGCAUCAUCUUCUCUGCUAUAUGUAUAUAUGCAUGUCCAGCUACACGUUUUCCCUCGGAUAUCCUUGCUUCAUGGAACACGCUUCCCUCAGCGCACUGUACUUUACGCAUUGCAUUUCUGUGUAGUCCUUUCUGUUGUAUGUAGUAU